AUUUAAAAAGUCCACUGCUCAUAAAUUCAGGAAAAAAGGAAAUCGCGAAAAACACAGACCUCCCCUUUUUAUCGCACCAAAACGAAGAUGAAGCAUGGGCUUCUUCAAUGGAGGCCCUGCAACACCCUCUCUACACUCUUCAUCCCCUCUCCUACCUUCUCUAUAAGUAUAACCAAACACAUUCCAUUAGCAGUCUCUUCAAGUAUCGAUUCCACCAAUACCCAACAGCAACGGCAGCAGCAGCCGCAGCAGUUCACAGCGAGAGAGAGGAGGCAGCUGAGGAAAGAGAGGAGAGAGAACAAAGCAGCUUACAAUUGGAGAGAAGAAGUGGAAGAAAGGCUCUUGAAGAAACCCAAAAAGAGAUAUGCUUCCUGGACCGAAGAGCUUAACCUCGACAAUUUGGCUCUAUUGGGUCCUCAGUGGUGGGUGGUUCGGGUUUCCCGGGUCAGGGGUCAGGAGACAGCAGAAGUACUCGCUCGCACCUUGGCUAGGAACUUUCCUGAUAUCGAGUUCAAGGUUUAUGCUCCCGCUAUCCAGGUGAAAAAGAAAUUAAAAAAUGGUUCCUACUCAGUUAAACCGAAGCCCCUAUUUCCAGGAUGCAUUUUUCUAAGGUGUGUAUUAAACAAAGAGAUUCAUGACUUCGUAAGAGAAUGCGAUGGAGUUGGAGGUUUCAUUGGUUCGAAGGUCGGAAACACAAAAAGACAAAUAAACAAACCCAGGCCAGUAGCUGCAGAUGACAUGGAAGCAAUAUUCCGACAGGCAAAAGAGGAGCAAGAGAAAACUGAUCAAGCUUUCAAAGAAGAGCAGCGGGGAGAAGGAACCUUAAAUUCUGAGAAGCUCAGUGUAGACUCUAAUGUAGUUUCCAAUGAAGUUAUAAAUUCUCUUUCAGAUUCUAAACCGAAAAGGCGAGCAAGAAAAACCUCUGACUCACUUGUGAAUGAGUCAUCGUCUACAAAGGAUAAGAAACGCCUUUCUCCAGGUUCAACUGUUCGGGUCGUAUCUGGGACGUUUGCAGAAUUUGUUGGCAGCCUAAAAAAGCUAAACCGCAGAACAGGAAAGGCAACAGUAGGAUUCACAUUGUUUGGGAAGGAGAGCUUAGUAGAUCUGGAAGUCAAUGAACUUUCUCUUUUAGAGACAAAUUGAUGUAAAUGUAUCUUUCCUUCUAAUCAUUAUUUAUUGGGUUUUUGCGUAAUAAAAAAGAAGAAGAGGCAGAGGAGGUUGUCCUUAGGGUUUCGCUCGGGGAAAGAAGAGGUCAAAGGGAGCAGCAAACAGAGCAGAGGGAAUUGAAAGAAAUUUGUGAGCUUUCUUGUUUCUCAUUGAAGAUAGCCCGAGAGACAGAGUGCUAAAGGGGAAGAAAGCUAGAAAGUGAGGAAGGACCGGAGAAAGAACAACGGUCUUAAGGUGGGUUUACCAAUUAUAAGGUAAAGCAAGGGCGGGUCUCCUAAGGACGAUUAGAGAGGCAAA